ACGUGGCAGUCGAAAAAAAUGGAGGAAGAAAAUGAAAUGCUUUCUAGAAUAGAAGCGUUAAUAAACAGCAAGUUUGAGACUUUUGAGCAGCGUAUGAGUGACACACAGAAGGAAUUAUCUCAGUCGCAGUUAUCAGUUAUUCAAGAAAAUCUUAUGCAUGACAAUUACACGUUCAAGAAAAAAGGACAUGAACAACAGUACAGAGUUAACAGUCAAGUUAUUGACAAGCAGCGUCAUGCUGAGGCUUAUGUACAUGAGGCUAAUAGAAGUACACACUGCGAGGCUGCAGAUAACGCCAUAAGCAAGAUUUCCGAAGGUAUUAAUAUUCUUCAGCAUCGUCAGAAAUGUAUAAAGCUGGCAGACUCGUCUGAACACGGCUGGAAAGUUGUUAAUGGGUAUGAAUCGCAUCCGCUCGCAGACAAUUCUGACGAUGAGAAAAAGAUUUAUAAAGCCCAGAUGCAAGCAGAAGAACGAAAGGUUUAA